AUGGAUCAAAGGUUUCAAUUGAUCAGUCAUCAUAGGGACGAUAAACACACUGAACCACCAAGAGCGCUCAAUCCAGUGAUCAAUAAUUCAAAAUCGAACAAAGUAAGUACAUCGAGAUAAUUUACUUGUGCCUAUCUAUAAAAUAUCCCGUCGUAUUAACUCGUUACAAACAUUAUUAUCGCGUAGUUAUUUUUUUUAUAAACGGCGUAUUUAUUCAAACGUUAAUAUUGUGUACUCGCGAAGACGUGAAGUAUUUCUCGGAGAUAAUUUGAGUGUAUUAAACUGUAAGGUUAUAAAAAAAUUAAAAAAAUGGCAUGGAAAAUAAUUUCUUUAGGGUUAUUGUAUUAUAUUUAUUUAGAAGUCAUCGAGUGGCGUGGAUAAAUGGUCGAAGGGAGCCGACGCGACCUUUUAGUAGGGGAACAGCCGUUCCGGUUCGGGAGGUUUGCUAUACAACGAAUUUACGACGCGAGUAAAUGACAAUAGCUUUAUCCUUAUUGUGUAUAAAAAAAAGUCACAAUACGUUAUUUUUCAUUAGUUUCGUUUAAAUAUACUUAAAACGAGCAUCGUGUCGGUAUAGGAAUGACGACGACCCACUGCCGGAACUGUCACACACUGUCAGAAACAGAGAGAACUAGGGGAUUAUUACUAGGAGCUGAAUGGCUCCCACUAAACUAUGCAGAGUCCGCCAAAUAAAAAAAAAAUAAAUAGUUAUUACAUUUGACUAUAUCGACGUAGACAAAAAUCGAAUGAAAAUCAAGAACUGGGUUUAUUCGGCUAAAAGUCAUAAUUUUUUAGUUCUUAUGAUAGGUUUCACUAAGUCUCGCAAAAAAAAAAAUUCAAAACUUCUACCGUUCCCGAAAAAUCGGAUAAUUAUUUUUGUACGCGUUUUUCUGCACGAUUCAUUGAAAUAGUUUUUUCCUCUAAAGUAAUACGGUACUGAAUUAUUUCGAACUUUCACAGUACAUUUCAAUCAACUGCUUAUAAAUAAUAUACGAGUAUAUCCUUCGAUCGAAACUGAUUUUAGUCAGAUACCUGAACCCUAGUCGUGAUAUUAAAGUUGCAUUAUAUUUUCUCAGAUCUAUAUGAUUUACGCGUAUAGAUCAAUCUUGCCGUAUGAAUGCAACAAAUCACCUGAGCAGGUUCUGUUUUGUCUGUCCAAUCAGGUGGGAACGGUGAUCCUGUACGGGGUGCCGAUCGUCUCGCUGCAAAUGGAUAACCAGGAGCGACUAUGUCUGGCCCAGAUCAGUAACACGUUAUUGCACCGGUUCAGCUACAACGAGAUCCACAACCGACGGGUGGCACUAGGCAUCACGUGCGUCCAAUGCACGCCCGUACAGUUAGAGAUGCUUCGCCGUGCGGGCGCCAUGCCGGUGUCGUCGCGUCGGUGCGGCAUGAUUACCAGACGCGAAGCCGAACGGCUGUGCAAUUCUUUCCUGGGUGACAACACGCCACCCAGGCUGCCGGAGGACUUUGCGUUCGCGGUGCACCACGAAUGCGCCUGGGGCUGCCGCGGCUCGUUCCUACCGUCACGAUACAACUCGUCUCGCGCCAAGUGCAUCCGGUGCUCCGUGUGCGGCCUCUUCUUUUCGCCCAACAAAUUUAUAUUCCACUCCCACCGGACCGGAGCCGGGGCCCGGUACGUGCAACCGGAUGCGGCCAACUUUAACUCUUGGCGCAGACACAUGAAGCUCAGCGACGACCCGCCGGACCACGUGGUGCACGCCUGGGAAGACGUCAAGGCCAUGUUCAAUGGCGGGACGCGAAAACGGGCUGUGUCCAGACCUUCGCCGCCGUCGUCGCUACUGCAACAACAGCAACCGCCACCACUGCAACAACCUCCGUUACUACAACAACCUGCGGCGGUUCAGGUGCAGUCUUCGCCGUCGUCAUCCCCGUCGUCGUCUUCGGCCAUGCAGGUCGUGCAAAUGCCUCAGCCUUUACUGCAGCAACAGUCCGCCACGACAGUCCAUCUGCAUCAACGGUCCUUGCGGUCACCGGAACUGCAAAAAAAACAGGCACCGGUCCCUGCAGCUGCAGUUCAGGUACCGUCCAACAUGCCGUUGCACCAGGCAAUGGUCGAUUACGUGCAGUGGCAACAGCGAGCCAACCCGUUUGCCGUGGCCGCGGCCGCGGCGGCCGCGUAUUCUGCGGGCGGUGGUUUGCCAUGUUGGUUGCCCAAACUCGAUCUGGACCCGCAUCACCAUCAUCACAGUGCUUUGGUCAACAGGAGCGCCGUAGCGGCAGUCGCGGCCGAUUAUUCUUCCGCUUUCCGGCCCGUUUAUCCAGUGACCGUGGCCGCUGCUGCUGCCGCCGCGGUGGCUGCGGCUGCAACCGUCACAGACGACGAUGACGACGGCGGCGGUGGAUGUGGCCCGGAUGACGUGGACAAUAUGGACGACAUGGACGAUGACGACGAUGACGAUGACGAGAUCGACAUUGAGACUUGCCCCGACGAACGAUGA